AUGGUUUUUGGUGUCAGUUUGGUUUGUCAGGGCCUUAAGUAUGAAUUGUAUGAAGGCCAUUUUCUCUCUGUGUUGUUCAGUGAAUCAGCUGUCAGUUCCAUCGGCAAGGCAACCAAUAUCAUCAAGGAUUUCUUUAAGCAGAAGUCGGUAAGCAGGUUCAGGCCGUAUGAUGUUCAGGACCUCCUGCAGCCUCUGAUCCCUAGACAGCCUCAAACUGCACUAGCAGAACAGGAGCCCGUGGCGGGUCCAUCUGCAUGCCAGCAGCUCCGGCAGCUCCUCAAGGAGGCCCUGAAAAUUCUUCAGGAUGAGGGUAUUGUUUACCGCAAGGUCAAAUCCCAGGAUGAGCUUUAUCAUGUGACUGCACAGGACAAAGAUCUACUCAUAGCCGUCAAAGAUAUCAUCAGGGAGGACUGCAAGAGAGAGAAGUAUGCAGAAAAGGGUUGCCACAUCCUGCACAUCCUGUCUGCAGUCAGGCAGCGCUACAGCCUGAAUGUGAGCAGAGCGGCACUGGAGCUGGUCCUCAAAUCACUGGAGUGCAACAGUGACGUCGUCAGCACCAGCGACAGCCAUUACACUGUGUUUUAACUUAGGCACAGUUUGGCUGUAUAUAUUUAUACUAUAUGUAGUAUGGCCUAUUACUCCAAAAUGCGAGCAUCCAAUUGAAAUAAAUCAUGUCAUUUGUA